AUGUCCAAAGCUACAUUGGCUAUCAUCGCCGCCGCCAGUGCUGCCACUGGCGCUGGUGUUACUGCGAUGUUCUACCCCAGACCAAAGGAGCAGCAACAACAAACAGAGCAACUUCCGGCUUCCACCCCCGGAGUCGUGAAAGUCCCAACAACAACCCCAAUUCCAACCCUCGCAACCAAAGCCACCGGCCCCGUUAACCCCGCCGGAAUUCUCCAAUAUGGAUUCCCCGGUCCCGUAGCCGACGAGCUCAGCUCACUGCCUUUCCACGGGGCGUACGAUCGCCGAACCCGCAAUCCCGCCUGGGUCGCCGAGCACAUCACCCCCCAGUCCGUCGCAAUGAAGAACGGUGACCGGAAACACAGCACUUUCUUCGAAGAUACCUCCAUCCCAGCGCUCUUCCGCGCUAAGCUGUCCGAUUACUUCCGCUCCGGCUACGACCGCGGACACCAGGUUCCAGCCGCCGACGCAAAGUGGUCACAAGAGGCCAUGGACGGUACAUUCGCACUGACGAAUAUGUGCCCGCAAGUCGGCGAGGGAUUUAACCGGGACUACUGGGCGCACUUCGAGGACUUCUGUCGCAAUCUUACACAGCGCUAUCCCUCUGUGCGAAUUGUUACAGGACCCCUGUACCUGCCUCAGCGGGAUCCGGAUGGAAAGUGGCGUGUGAACUACGAGGUUAUUGGUAACCCACCCAAUGUCGCUGUGCCAACGCACUUUUAUAAGGUUAUCUAUGGCGAGGAUGGGUCGAACUCGCCGAAUAGCAAGGUUGCGCUCGGCGCGUUUGUGUUGCCGAAUGCACGCAUCGCGAACCAGAAGAGCUUGUCGGACUUUGAGGUCCCCUUAGAGGUUUUGGAGCGUGCCUCCGGUUUGGAGUUUGCGGCUCAGUUGGACCCCAGUCGUCGUCGUCGCUUGUGCCAAGAUGUGCGCUGCGAGAUUACGGUUCGCGAGUUCAACAAUACCAAGAAGAAGGUUGCUUAA